CUAACAGCUGAUGCAAUGUUCAAGUACAAAGCGGUGGCUGCAGCUGGCCCGGGUUCGCAGUCGGGACUGUCAGCGGGCUGUAGGGGAAGGAGCCGUUGCUCCUGAAGGGGACACAACGGGGCACUGUAUUGAGCAGUGAUGGUGAUGAUGUAUGUCCAGACUUUAGGAGGCACGGGUCCUUAUAGUACCAGGACGAGUCCUACCGCCCAUGAAGAGGAUGGUGUGGUCCAGCUGAUGAAGAAACUCCUUCAGAAUAGCUUCGCUGGCGAAGCGAUAACAAAUUCAAAGAAGAUCAAGCAUGAUGAAAACCCCUUUGAGAGGCAUUUUAGCGUAGAUAAUGAACACCUAAUUCCUACUUCAGAUAUGUAUUUUGUGAAUCAAUCUGGUAAUGAUUUUAUUUUUCUGGAGGAAUUUUUGGAAGAGAAGACCUGCCAGCAUCUCGCUAAGCAGAUAGAGUACUGUUUGUCCACUUCAAAGAAAUCCCAGUUGCAAUGCCAGGAGCUUUUGAUCCCUCAGUAUAUGAUCCGACGAAUAGCACAGGAUGUAGUUCGAAUGGCUGCUAGUGAGCCCUGUGGACUGCGUGGUGCUGUGAUCUAUGUUAAUUUGGAACACGAGAAUACAAAUAAGAAGCUGGGGAAAAUAGUGUAUGACAGCACUGUCAUUCCUACCUUUGAACUGACUCUGGUCUUUAAACAAGAUAACAACUCCUGGCCCAGUCUAAGGGAUUUCUUUUCCAUAGGGACCUGCUUCACACACGCAUCAAGAAGGGUUUUGAAACUUAGCCCAGGAUUUAGAUUAGUGAAAACAAAGUUGUAUUCUUCAGUUGGACCAAUUAUUGAAGAAUGUUGAUUGAGUGCCAAAUUAGAUCUUGGAGGCAAUUUCUGUGCUGAGAAUUCUGAUUAAUGAUAUUUUGAGGUUUAAUUAUUGUUAUUAAGCCUGGAACAGAAUUUUGUUUGUAAAUAUUCUCAUGCACAAAAUGCUACAGUUUGUUACGGGGACUGAAUAAUUGAAUUUUACUAAUACGUUUGAAGAUCUGGGAUGCUAAAUGUACCAGGACAGGAAGCAGAGGAUGCACAAUGGAAGCUCACAUUAUUGUAUUUUCCACAUUGUGUUCUCCUUCUCUUUUACUGCUAAAGUUAGAUAUUUUUGGUUAUGGGGUGGCUGAGGACUAUUGAAAGCAUGUGGUGGUGGUACAGAGGAUGCAAAGUGCAUGAGGGAAAUUCCAAGGGAAGGAGAUGAAGAAAAUGAAAUGUGUAUAAACUUUUUGUCAGAAGAGGAAAUGAAUGAAGUAAUGAAUUGGAAAAAUAAGUACACUACAUUACUAAGCUGUGUAAUUGAGCAAUGAUUAUUUGAUUAAAACCAAGUUGAAAAGUCUGUUUUUUUCAUGUUUGCACAUUUUUGCACUGCAUUUAAUUGCACUGUUCAAUUGAACUAAUUUGUAUGGGCAUGCUGGACUUGCUCUAAAGUAGUAUGUUGCAUUUAUAUGAACAGUGAGGCUUCUCAGAAUGAAUGGAAUAUACUGGCAACAGCUAACUUCAUCUAUUGUAGUGCCAUCAUUGAAUUCUUGUUAAAGUUGUAAGAGAUUGUCCUAUUGUAAACUCAUUGGAAAUGUUGGAAAUAAAUGUUAU